CUGUACAUUGACGAAUUCGUGAUGCCCGUGUGUUUACCAGAGGAAGAAUGGCAUCUCGAGGGAAAAUCUGUUAUACUCGCUGGUUGGGGAUACAAAGCGGAGAAUAAGACUACCAUAUCCAACCAGCUUCUCCACAUAAAACGCAAGAUCCUGCCGUACGUUAGGUGCAACGAGACAUUUGUAGAGGAGUGGCAGGCGACCCUUUUUAACGAGUCUGUGAUUUUAUGUACUUCAUCAAAGGGCAAAGACACAUGCCAGGGUGACUCUGGCGGCCCCGUAACCAUGUGGAGGCAAGGGCUUGGCUACCAAGUGGGCGUCGUGUCGUUCGGUCUGGGCUGUGCUCGACCCAACGAAACCAGCCUGCACACGAACCUACAUUUUUACCUGCCGUGGAUUGCCUCAGAGAUGGCAUCCCACAAGGGAGAGCACAUCGUCGACCCUACUGAUGCAACCGCAUGACCGAUACACAAAGUCUGACACGCCGACACACGUCCACGGUCCGUUAGCCCACAAUGCAGAAACUGCGAUGCCACAACUCCCAACGGGAAAAGAAAAAAAUCCUGUCUCUAGGACUCGGUCUCCCCUCAGGUUUUUCAUAAAAACUUACGUUUCAAGCACUAUCAGGUUCAGAAAAGAUUCUGCUUAGAGCCGUUCAAGUCGACGAAGCGAAGCCUCAAUUGCAAUAUCUGAUGGAAUAAGGCAUACUUCAUUCAGUUUAAUUAGGGAGAAUGCAAUAUCCAUUACAAAAGCAUGAACAAUGAAAACUAGA